ACUACAGAGAAGGAAUUUUUAUGAGGAAAUCGAAAAUCAAAUGGAUUUUGCUGUGAAUAUAGUGCGUUUGAAAAUUGGAGGAAAUGUGAGAGAAGGAGAAAAAUAUAUAUUUUUGAUAAGAGUAAAUUUCGGAUAUUAAAAAGGAAUAAAUACAAAAUAAAACUGUUUAACUGUAUAUACCUUUUAAUAAAUAGGCUAUAAAAGGUGAAGUGUGUUAUAAUUGGUAAGUUUAUAGGGUAAUAUAAGUAAAUAUUUAAUAAUAUUGUUUUUAUAGUAUUGAUCCCACGUAAUUUUCCCUUUUCGAAAUCCUAUACGAAAAGGAAUAGUAAACCUAAUCAAAUUAGGAACUAACGCGCACACAACUAUAAAAGGGACUCAACACACUCACUUUUUCAUACUUAUUUUCUUUGUCAAUCUCCUCUCUUUUUUUUCCUUCCCUUUUUGUGGCAUGGAAGAAAGCCUAGAGUACCAAAAGAAGAGUUGGAUUGCUCUAAAAAAGAGCAUAAAUGGGCUGCUCAAUAAAAUCAAUAAAGCCAACAUAAAACACAUCAUUCCUGAAUUGUUUGAAGAGAAUUUAAUUCGUGGUAAGGGCUUGUUUUGCAGAUCAAUUAUGAAAUCACAAUUGAAUUCUGCUAUUUUCACAGAUGUUUUUGCAGCAUUGAUAGCCGUUGUUAACACAAAAUUCCCACAAAUUGGUGAACUUCUGUGUAAGAGGAUCAUUCUGCAAUUGCGGAGGGCCUAUAACAAUAAUAAUAAACCUCAGAUGUUAGCAUCUGUAAAAUUUAUUGGUCAUCUUGUCAAUCAGCAAGUUGUUCACGAACUUGUGGCUUUGGAAUUAGUUACUCUUUUACUCGAGAAACCUACUGAUGAUAGUGUUGAUGUUGCCGUUGGUUUCGUUAAGGAAUGUGGUUCGAUGCUUCAGGAUCUGUGUCCCUUAGGGUUGCACGCUAUUUUUGAGAGAUUCAGAGGAAUACUUCAUGAAGGAGAAAUAGAUAAAAGGGUUCAGUUCUUAAUUGAAGACCUUUUUGCAUUGCGGAAACACAAGUUUCAGCCAGCUGUUCCUCCAGAACUUGACCUUGUUGAGGAGGAAGAUCGAUUAACACAUGAAAUCUCUCUCGGAGACAAAGUGGACGAGCAAAUUGAAUUGGAUGUUUUCAAGCCGGAUCCUAAUUUUGUUGAAAAUGAAAAUAAGUAUGAACAACUACAGAAGAGGAUUCUAGGUGGUGGUGAUCAGGACGAAGAUUCUGAGGAUGACGACGAAUCUAAGGACGAGGACGAGCAACAGAUGGAAAUUGAAGAUGAGACAGAGACAAACUUGAUCAAUCUUCGGAGGACGAUUUACUUAACGAUUAUGUCAAGUGCUGAGUUUGAAGAAGCAGGGCACAAGCUGUUGAAAAUCAGACUAGAGCCUGGUCAGGAGAUGGAGUUAUGCAUAAUGUUAUUGGAGUGCUGCAGUCAGGAGAAGACUUCUCUCCAUUACUAUGCACUUCUGGGGCAGCGGCUAUGCAUGAUCAACAAAGUUCACCAGAAGAAUUUUGAGAAAUCAUUCAUGCAACAAUACUCGAUGAUCCACCAACUUGAAACUAAUAAACUGCGUAAUGUGGCAAAGUUUUUUGCUCAUUUACUAGGCACUGAUGCACUGCCUUGGCAUGUUUUGGCUUAUUUAAGAUUGACAGAAGAGGAUACUACAUCUUCUUCUCGUAUAUUCAUCAAAAAUUUAUUCCAGGAGUUGUCAGGGCACCUUGGCAUCCGUAUGCUGAAUGAGCGUCUUAGUGACCCCUCUAUGCAAGAGUUGUUUGAGUCAAUAUUUCCAAAGGAUAGUCCUAAAAAUAUGAGGUUUGCUAUCAACUUCUUCACAUCCAUUGGUCUGGGUGGGAUAACUGAAAAUCUGCGAGACUAUCUGAAGAACAUGCCAAGGCUUAUCUUGCAGCAAGACAAACGUGUUUCCAGAUCAAGUGAAUCAGUUGAUGAUCGUCCAAGGAAGAGGAGGAGAAGUUAGGUAGUAAAUUGCUUUU